UUGAAGAUUGUCGAAACACGAUUUCGCAUCACCAACCACAAACGAUAAGAUGGUCCGAUACGCUGCCACCGCCAUUGAGAAUGGAAAGAGCGCCCGCUCGCGGGGUUCUUACCUUCGCGUCUCUUUCAAGAACACUCGCGAGACCGCCCAGGCCAUCAACGGCUGGAAACUCGAGCGCGCCAAAACCUACCUCGACAAUGUUCAGCAAAAGAGCGAGGCUGUGCCAAUGCGGAGAUAUGCCGGGAGCACUGGCCGUACUGCCCAAGGAAAGCAAUUCGGUGUUUCCAAGGCCCGAUGGCCCGUCAAGUCGGCUGAGUUCUUGCUCGGCCUUUUGAAGAACGCCGAGGCCAACGCCGACACCAAGGGACUGGACACCAGCAACUUGAUCAUCAAGCACAUUCAGGUCAACCAGGCCCCUAAGCAGCGCCGCCGCACAUACCGUGCCCACGGUAGAAUCAACCCUUACAUGUCCAACCCAUGCCACAUCGAGUUGAUCCUGACCGAGGGCGAGGAGGUCGUCCAGAAGGCUGCCCAGGCCGUUGAGCGUGCCGACGGUCAGCACUUGAACUCAAGGCAACGCGCCCAGCGUCUGCGCAAGGCUAUCACCUCUGCGUAGAGGAUUGAGUUGAACUUUUGACACGGGAGUUGGUUCAUUGGACGGUUGGCGCAUGUGGUCGCAUUCACAUCAUCGGCGGAUUCGCGAUAACGAUACCAAAUCAUGUUCUUACGAUCCAGCCGCCUGUUUCCUGACGGGUAUUUGCUGUACAGAUCAAUGAUUAUAAUGGCAUCAAAAUUCAUCAAUCACAAUUUCCAAUCGUCUUUACCCGACUCAACCACUGCACUUCCUUGAACGGCAUCUUUUGCUGCAUUUGCGGCAUCGUUGAACGCGUUAGGGUUGUGAAGAAAAUCUUCGUCGCCCGAAAAUCGCCUGCAAACGUGAAUGAGUCUAUGCUGUACUGUGAAAACU